AUGAUUUUAUCUUUGUUAUAUUUUAUAGGUGUUUAUUUUCCAGACUCUCGCCACUACUAUUACACAAAUAAUAGGUAUCAUGCAAGAUUUCCUGCCCAGUCAAAAGACAUCCUUACAAAAGUUACACUGCUCAAAGAAAUUGAAGAGGAGGAAAGGGCUUCUGUUAGAGGGAACAAGUCCAAGGAAUGUGGUUACACUGGACUUUCAAUCAUGCACCGGCUGUGGCCACUGUAUGGCUUUCGCUAUGACAAGGACUUGGUAUUUGAUGAAAUGCACACUGUGCAACUUAAUGUUGUAAAAGAGGCACUUGAUCACCUGCUGUCUGAUGAAGAUCACCCUGUAGAUUGGUAUGAGGUUGACAGAAGAUUACAGAAAUUAUCAUGGACUGCAGGUAAUUGAUAUCUGAACAUUGGUAAAGCAUCUUUAAGUCAAUAUACAGUUUUGCGCUGUUUUUGGGAUGUGUCUGAAAACUAAUGCCAGGAGCUGAAAUUUGCUUGCAUUUAGGUUAUAAUCAUGCAGCCACUGAGAUGCAUCAGAAAUUGAAUUAUUGAUGUACAUUGUACUGGCCUUGCUAUUAAAAAAAAAAUUUCGUUCCUAUACUAUAUUUCCUUAAUCCAAGUUGAAAGGUCAUGCCAUCAAUGUUGGAAAGGCCAAAAUAUGAAAUUUGAGAUUAGUCCUCAUUUGAGGACAUAUGUGUACAUUUACUGUAUUACAAUUUUAUUUUUGUUUUUACUAAAUUAACAGAAUUUAGAGCAUCCAGACUUCCUCGAGGUAUCACAACCCGACUUGGAUAUUGGAAAGGUUGGAUGUGCAUUUGCUUUUCAAGAAUUAAUUUUAAAACCAGUUUGAUCUUUAUUUUCCAUCAUUUCAUAUGAAUAUCAUUAUAACACAAACUUGAAAUCAAAACUAAAUUUGAUUGACAACAACACAUGUAGUUUCUCUGUUUUACAAUACAAAAAUAACUGGAUUUACUCACCUUUGUGUGAGAAAACAUACUUGCCGUAAAAUGUUAGUGACUAGAAAGUGCCCUCUUUUUACAAUUGUUAUUAAUAGCUACUCUUUCAGUGACGCCACAUUCUUUCCCUGCCCCACAACAACUAAUUUACUGAGAGGUCAAUUGCUUUUCAUUAGAGGGGAGAAUGUGAUUGUCCUUGUGGCAGUUUUUCCAUGGAGGAAUGUUGUGUAACACAAGACACACAGCUGAGACUCUUGGUUUCCAUCCACUUACUAUGAGCUCUGAAUAGCAAUUAAUUAAAUAGGCAUUCAUACAUGUAAAUAAUAGGGGUAUUCUCUUAAAAUUGCCAUUUCAGCAGAGGAAUAUUCUCGCUUUGCAUGGCCUGCAUCUGAAGCUGUUUUCGCUGGUCUUCUGACCCAGUCACAAUCAGAGUGCUGGUCUUGUGUUGCAAGGAUUGAGGAGUUCAUCCAGAACCACUCUCGUAGCGGUUGGAACGAGGCUGAUGCAGACACUUUUCAUCGAGUUGCCCUCCGUUAUACUGUGCUAGUGGAAGAGGCUCAUGGUCCCCAGCGUUGUGUGAUAUCUCUUCAUAACCUCCAGCACUUCAGAGAAGACAUUCAUAGAUUUAGUGGGUUGGACAACUAUGCCUGUUGGGUGAAAGAAAGGGCAGUGAAGCGGUAUAUACGACAGUCAAACAACCACAAGAAUAUAGAAGUCACAUUUGCAGCCACAGAGAUGAGGCGUGAGGUCCUAAAAAUCAAGGGCAAUAAGGAGGAAAGCCUUGAAAGAGACAAAGUCAACCUGCAAAAGGUAUGUCACUUUAUUAUAUGGCUGAACUGGUCCAUGGUGAAAAGUAGCAUUCUGAUUGGUUUCCUCAGCAGCCUGAAUUUUGCAGUAUGGACUACUAAGAUGGACUGCUCAUGAACUCCUUUUGUUUAUUGUGUUUCUGAAAAGAUAUUCAAAAGAAAACGUUUUGGAGUUAAGUAGAAACCUUUUCCUUGUUGUCUGACCAGAAUUUUGGGAGAACUUUAACAGAAAUCUCGUAAUAAAAACAAUGUUUUUGUCUUACUUGCCUGCGCAUUUGUGCUAUAUAUGCUGUUAGGAAAUUUAAAAUAGAGCCAUCAUAAUAAAAUAUGUUGUUGUAUGUUAACUACCAAUCAUUAUUUUUAUUUUUACUCUUACCGGUACAUCAUUUUAUUGAUUUUCAGUUAUGGGCAAAGUCCCUUUCUCAAGCAAAACUGUUCUAUGCGAGGAAUGAUGAUGUCAGAUGCCAGGGUCAUAGAGGUAUUCUUGUUGGUGGUCUUCAAAAUUAUGACUUGCCUCAAGGUACAAGGCGGACAAUAGCAGAAUGCUGUACAAGUGAAAUUUGUGAAGUUGACGAACAUGGAAACUGUUGUCGCAGUUUUUGGUUGCCAGAACAUGGUUAUAGUGGUUUGCUUUACAGAGAGAAAGAGAAUGUAAUUGUAAUAGUCCCAGAUGAUGGUGAAAUUGUCACUUCGAUUGACACUAUAUUCACAGUACCUGUAUUAGGUCAGAGGAGAGCCUUCAUUAAAGCAAAGAAGUUUGAGUGGGAUGGAUAUUCAAUCGACAGCAUCCACAGAAAAGUUAAAGAAACUAAUGACUUUGUAAUCACAGAACUAGAGAAUGUAAGCAGGAAGGUUAUGUUACAGCAGUCAACUACUGCUCAUGACAGUUUUCUUGUCAUUGACUUUAUGAGGCGACUGUUUCCAAUUGCAUUAGGAACUGUGGUUUUGCCAUACUAUCCUGUUGUUAAUGACAUGAUCCUGGUAAGAGGAGCAGCCAUAGAUGAUGUAUGGAGAGCUAGGGUGGUUGCUUACAAUCUUCCUCGAAAAUUUGUGUUGGGCCGUUUUUUUGUGAAGGAAGAUGAGAUAUGGAUUCCAGAGCGAGGCACUCUGAAUCAGAACAUCGCUUUUGCCAGUAUACUUUCUAUUGCAAGUGGUAUUUGGCUUAGAGAAUUUGACAGAUGGCAAGAGAACUAA